UUUAUAAUAGCUAGAAAAGAGCUAGAGCGCCCACCACUGUUCGUACGCCAAAACAUUUGCUUAUCUGUAUAUGCUGUUUUUCGGAAGAAUUUAGAAAAAUUGUGAGAAAUCGUGGCCGACAUGUUGGAGGGCCGUUGGAAACAGUAGUUUCAUCAACGAUAGGCUUCCCACUUUUGAAAUCAGCAUUACUUUGCCUCGGCAGGCGGAAUUUAGUUAAGAGUAGUGUUUGGAAGGAAGGAAGAACCUUUCGGGGCACCACUUUCAUCUGAUGUGUAUGGUCCGCCCACUCGUGGAAUUGGAGUAUGAAUAAGCUGUCCAAAAAAGCUACCACGCUAGAAUUGCAAGGGCAUUAGCUGUGAAUACGGAUGUCCCGGUUCUCGAGCAUCCAAGGAGAUGUCCCCGCCGCGCCCGCUCUGCUAGUAACCAGGGAUAGCCGGGACUCACGGAAGUUACCAGCCUUCAAGCCUCGCGAGCCACUGGUCUUCUUUAUCAUGCGGUUGAAUCUUAAGGCCGUGUUGCUCCUUCUCACCGCGGCCGUGGUGGUGAUCACGCUCGGUGUCUACAUGCGAUGUGCCGCCUUCUCAUUCUCACCGGAUCUCAUGCGUCCCCUGGACCGGUCCUCUAAGCUGUCGACCAGCGGGGGACAUGUCGGGGAAGACGUGGUACUGCAGGACAUUGAAUGCGUGAUCAACCAGGAGUACAGCGUCCACUGCAAGCGGGAGGAAAAUGCCAACGAAGUAUACGUUCCCUUCUCCUUCCUUCGGAACUACUUCGACGUCAGCGGCGCGGUUUCGACCAGCGGCUCCGAAGUGGCCAAGUUUAACUGGAUGCACAGCACGUCGAAGGUGAACCUGCCGAAAGGCAAGUACGAUGCCCGUGGCGUGUUCAUGUACUUUGAGAACUACAACGUGGAAGUCCGCGACCGCGUAAAGUGCAUCAGCGCCGCCGAGGGCGUGCCCGUGAGCACUCAGUGGGAGAAACGCGGCUACUUCUAUCCGACACAGAUUGCCCAAUUCGCGCUCUCGCACUACAGCAAGAACCUGACUGAACCGGAGCCCCGUGUCCGGAUACUCGAGGACGCUGACGGUAACCAGAUCGAUUGGAACACCCCACGCACCAGCAACAUGACACGCAUAUGGCACCACCGGUUUAAUACUAGCAUCGUCCAGUUUGAAACGGCGCCCGGAUUCGAGGGCGCCAUUAGCACCACCCUUAACCAGACCCUGGACCUGUUGCUCAGCGUGGAUCUGCUGCUGGUGACCAACGGAAGCAGCCUCAUGGUUACUGUGCGAAACCGCGAUACGCAUCACAGCUACAACCUCCACUAUAUACCCGCUGACCUGCUGCUCAGCGUGCAAGACUCAAAUAUUUAUUACGGCCUGGGCGGCUCGGCGCUGAACAAGUGGCGACACAUAACCCGUGACCUGCACAUCGAUGUCCAGAAAGGAAUUGUGCUUGGAGACAGGCGCUCACCGCUAAAGGUGCGGCGCUCCGAUCUGGAAGUGCUGUCGAUUGGAUUUCUGGGCCUGGGAUUCUAUGACAAUGUCACCCUAUCCACUAGCGACCACCUGGCGCACUUCUAUGACGCAGCCGAAUGGUUUGUUCACAACCAAGACGUCAAGACGGGCGGCUGGGCCAACCCCGUACGGCGGAGCCUCAAUGGCUUUGCCGAACUGCGGCCGGGAUGGAUAUCGGCCAUGGGACAGGGCCACGCCAUUUCGGUACUAGCCCGCGCCUAUUGGCACUCCGGCGGCGAUGAGCGCUAUCUCCGGGCGGCUGCAGCCGGACUGCAGCCCUAUAGGAUCUUUUCUCGGGACGGUGGAGUCUUGGCACAGUUUAUGGACAAGUUCUACUGGUACGAGGAAUAUCCCACCACGCCACCUUCCUUUGUGCUAAAUGGAUUUAUAUAUUCACUUUUGGGACUUUAUGACCUCAAUAGCACGGCACCCGCUAAAAUCGCCCGAGACGCCGGCAAGUUAUUCGCCCAGGGCAUGCAUUCCCUGAAGAAGAUGUUGCUGCUGUACGACACAGGGUCUGGGACCAGCUACGACCUGCGCCACCUCAGCCUGGGGGUAGCCCCAAAUCUAGCACGUUGGGACUACCAUGCGACACACGUUAAUCAGCUUUUGCUUCUGGCCACCAUUGACAGCGAUCCACUUAUCGCUCAGACAGCGGAGCGCUGGAAAGGCUACAUGUUCGGCAGAAGGGCAAAACACAACUGAGAACUAAGAAGGCUGGCGGCCUACCGCCGCCGGAAAAGUGAUAUUUUAUAAGGCUUAAGCAUGGGCUUCACCAUUCUAAAUGGUGGCAAACGGUGCCAUGCCCUUCCCACACCCCAUACUCCCGAACCAGGAAAUUAAGUUUUACCUGUUUUGUUCAUUUAGCUCGUUUAUAUUCAUUUGUCCGCUCCAACUAGACGUUUACUAUUAAGCUAAAGUACCUCUAACUUAAAUUGCUGCUGGACUCGACUUGAAAGUGUGUUGAUUUCCCGCAGCCCAAUUGUUUUCGCGAAAGUAGUUGCACUCACUGGACAAUAUGAAUAACCUACCAACAAACUAAUAUCUAAACUAACACUGUUGUAGUCAGACUUUUUACUGCGCCAACUAAGUAGUGUUCGUUACAUCCCCUGUAUAAAGUAAUGUAGAGCUUAGCAUUAUAGUCGUAGUUGCAGUCCGGAUGCAGCCGCAAAGAAGGUGGCAUCUGGUAGAUGCACACUUACCUUGUAGCAUUUUCACAAACAUGUAGAUCUACCCCGAAGAAUAUGAGCUAGAGAUGCACGAUAAUAACGAUUUCUGUAUGGUAAGCAUGUAAUGUAAUGUAUCGUAGCGUAGGGCACUUGGAAAUGUAACUCAAUUUCUCUUAACUUAAACGAUGCCAUUCCAACCAUAAUCUUACUUUAACGACUAAGUUCUUAUUACCAUCGAUCGAUGCUGUCAAUUACCAAGUAACACACUUUUGAAUUUAAUCUGCGGAUCCGUUAUUGUUGCACUCUUAAUUAACCCUUAACGAGACUGUUGAUGAAAUGUUUGAUUUUAAUGUUGUGUUGAGUGAAUCACAUUAAAGUACUUAAUUUAUGUUCA